AUGGCCGAGACUCUUGGGGCUGCAGCAUCGAUUGUAGGGAUUGCAUCGCUUGCGGGGCAGAUCUGCAGCGGGGUUCAGCAACUCUACGCCUUUGUAGACUCGAUCAAGCAUGCUCCGUCCGAUAUUCAGAACAUCAAAAAUGACAUUUUCCUUAUCGAGAGGGUCGUACGCCGCAUGGCUGAAGACUGUUCCGACCUUCCAGAGCAUCUUGACAUUGAUAUUCUCAAGUCCUCCUUUGAGCUGUGCCUGUCUCGCGUUAACCGACUGUUGACAAUCAUCCAAUCACUUGAUACCUCGAGUCAGAAGAAUCGAACCAUCAAAUUGGUUAAGGCGACUGUGAAGAAGACAAGGGUUGCCGAGUUUGCGAAAGAACUGGACAGUGCAAAGAUGACUUUGAUGCUAGUGUAUCAACAUCAUAUCCAGUCAGUUGAGGCCACCCAAAUGUAUGCCUGUUGGUCUUACUGAUAUUGCUUCGAAUAGGAACAUAGGCCCUCUAGGUAUUAGCCAAUCGUCCUGCCGUUCUACAGCCAAUGCGGGACGGAGGGAGCAAGAAAAGUUCAGCACACAGAUGGUGAAUUUUGGUCGAUCGUACAGCAACACGUCGGAAGUAAUAUACACACUGUGUCUCGGCCGCCUCACCGUCAAAUCUGAAACCGUCACACUAAGACAAGGAAUUGGUAAAUCAGAUACAGCGCAAACAGAGUACCGAUCAGAGAAAAAGACAUUCACUCUGAGAUCAACAGGAUGGUGGUCAUCUCGCAUCAUCGAGCUGCAGGCUAUUCGACAAGCGAGUCAGUGGACUUUCAACCUACGACCAUGGCAUGUAGUCAGUCCUAACUCUAUGCUAUUUGAUUUUUGCAUGGAUGGCGAUUUGCGCAAUGUCCAACGACUUUUUAGUAAACGCCUGGCCUCGCCUUUUGAUAUAACCUCCGACGGUGACACGGCAUUGCAUUUUGCGGCCUUGUCAGGAAACCCAGAUUUAGUUGCAUUUCUUCUGUGCAAUGGAGCAGAUGCAAAUGUGGAAAAUGCGUCAGGAGAGAACGCUCUUCAUCUCGCAAUGGUUAGUCCGCGAGAAGAAGAACAUCUGGAACUGGCCCGAUUGUUAGUAGAAAAAGGCCAAGUCGAUCCAAUGGGAUCAGUCCGAGAAUCUGGCGUCAUACAUUCAUAUGCUGGUCCGGUGGAGGCCUUCAGAUACCUCAUCCACCAAGAUGAGUUUUUCGUCGAUCUGGAAGAGCGAAACCGCGGUGGAAGGACGAUUCUGCAGCAUCAGAUCUUUCAUCGGCUUUAUUAUGGGGACUCGUUCGAGCGGAUCCAGGUCCUUUUCGCUGCUGGUCGCCACCUUCCUGAAGGUUACAUUGAUGGAGACCCGACCUAUGACGGCUAUUCCGCACUCCACUGCGCUGCUCACGUCUGGGCUAAUGCUAAAUUGAGGGAAGAUGAGCACACGGCUCAGCAAAGUGAGUUGGUUCUCCGGAGCCUCUUGAGUAGAGAAGAGGAUAUACAUAGAAUAAGCGGCCGAGGUUACACCGCUUUAACGACUAUCGGCGAGAUGAUUCACUUUCGUAACAAGAGGCCGGAGCUGAAUCACGAGGUUAUAGCUGCAUGGCUCAAUCUGCUUUCGGAUGCGGGACACGAUGUGAAGGUCUAUUGCUUGACGGAACGUACCCUGGAGAGGAAGAGACAGGAGACUUCAAGAGCGGCUGUUCCCAGAUUUCUUGUCAUCUUCGAAGAGAUGAACGGAGUGGACGGAGUUGUUGAUGGCCUGCAGAUAUCUAUAUCCUCCCUGGAGCAAGUGAUUGAAGUGGAAGAUGAGGAUGAAGUACCCCGAAAAUUGAUAACACACGAGCAUCGUCAUCCCAAGUGGCUCACGGUCUUUGGGAAAGGCGUACAGGCGUCACCUUUCCAAACCGUUCAGUCUCUUUUGGUCUGAAAAGGAACGCGGUUUCGAUCGUGAUGUUCAUGUUAUUCAUCUACUGCUUCUUCAUCUCAAAUAAGUUACGGCUUUAAAGGAUAUAAAAUUAUGCACGAUCAACAACUGCUAGUCAUAUUGCGUGGAAUCUAUCCGUAACUAAUGCAUAUAUUCUCAGAAGCAGAAAAGGUAAAAGGGCAAGUAAGAAUAAAAGGGUGACCAAAAGGGAACAAGCCAAGCACACAUCCAAUCCUAACAACUAUGCCCGGUCCCUUUAAAUACCACCGACCCUGACCACGGACAGGUC